UCGUCCACCCGGAGCCUCAGCACAGACUCUGGACGCGGACGCACGUGUCGAGGAUGCGCAGGGGCCGCAGGUGUGUGCGCUGGAAGCGACGCUGAUUUCUGGACUCGAUGCAUCUGCGGACCGUCGCCAGUGAUGAGUUGGCUUCUGUGCUGGAUUCUUACAGCAGCCGGGAUUCAGCAGGUCCACUCCCAGAAUUCCACCACCAUGCCGCCCAGUGCUGCCGUCACCUCCCCAGGCUUGGACCACUACAACCGAACGCAGUACUGCAAGUGGCCCUGCGACUGUCCCAUGGUGCCUCCCGCCUGUCCGCUGGGCGUGAGCCUCCUCGUGGACGGAUGUGACUGCUGCAAGGCCUGCGCCAAGCAGGUGGGCGAGUCGUGCAAUGAGGCCGACACGUGCGACUAUCACAAAGGUCUGUACUGUGACUACAGCUCGGACGCCCCGAGGUACGAAAAGGGAGUGUGUGCAUACAUGGUGGGCAGCGGCUGUGAGCACGAUGGCGUGCUCUACCGAAACGGCCAGAGCUUCAAGCCCAGCUGCAAAUACCAGUGCGUGUGUGUCAACGGCGCCAUCGGCUGUGUGUCACAAUGCACAGAGUCCCAGCCUCCCAGGGUAUGGUGCCUGUCGCCACGUCGGGUCAAAGUCAAGGGAGAGUGCUGCGAGCAGUGGAUCUGCGACGAACCCAAAAGAGGGCGCAAGACGGCGCCCAGACACGCAGUGGAGGUGCCCCCUGCUGAGACCAGGAGUUGGCACAAGAACUGCAUCACCCAGACUACCUCAUGGAGUCCGUGCUCCAAGACCUGCGGCCGCGGUCUGUCCUUGAGGGUCUCCAACGCCAAUGAGCAGUGUGAGCUGGUCAAAGAAUCUCGCCUCUGCAACUUGCGACCGUGUGAGGUGGAUAUCACCAAACACAUCAAGCCAGGGAAGAAGUGUCUGAACAUCUACAGGGAGGAGAACCCCUUCAAUCUGACCAUCUCCGGCUGCACAAGCAAGAAGCAGUACCGACCCAAAUACUGCGGCGUGUGCACGGACGAGCGCUGCUGCAUCCCAUACAAGUCCAAGACCAUUGAAGUGGAGUUCCAGUGCCCCAACGGGACGGGCUUCACCUGGAAGAUGAUGUGGAUCCAGGCCUGCUUCUGCAACCUGAGCUGCAAGAACCCAAAUGACAUCUUUGCUGAGCUGGAGAGCUACUACAGCUACCCGGAGGUCAUGAACUGAGGAACCACCCUUCCACUUCUGCAUUCAGGUUUUAGGUCUGUGCUUUGAGAAUGACCUCAGACAACCUCUUUUACAGUGGAAAGCACAACACAAGAAGAAGAGCAGGUGAUUUAAGGUGCAGCCAGCUCCUGUGAUCUGUUGUCAGGCAGGUGUUUCGACCAUAAUGUGCACAAAUAUGUGAAGCUGAACUGUAUACGAAGUGUCUGACAGAAAGAUACCAGUAGAGGGCGCUACACAGCAAAGACCAUUUGGAAAGCAUCGCAAGCACAAUGUUAUUUAAAACAUGAAUUGUACAGUAUAGUAUUUAUGUUGUCAGUCUUUAUGUUUACGUCAAAACUCACUUAUCUGGACAUAGUUUCUCUACAUUGUACUUAAUAAUCGAUGAGGAUAUGGUGGAGCUUUGACAACAAAUUCAUUGUCCAUCCCUACUCUGUUUCCUAAAUACGGCAAUUUGGGAACUUAAACAUACACACAUUUAGGACAGGGCCUUUGUACGGUGAAUUUUUGCCCAUUAUUAUGGUGAAAUUAAAAUGAAAAUAUGUUUUUCCUUCAUGAAACCACUGUUGAAGGCGAUUUUUGGGGGAGUCUUUCCACUUGUGAUGUAGAUUAACAGGGGAAUAAUUCUAUAUUGUAUAUGAUAAAAAGUAUUUUCGACAAUGUUUCUGUUGUUUCACUUUAAAUUUCAAUGAAAAAAAGGCAUCCAAAGUUGCUGCUACCACCCAGAUUUGUCUCCACUUAGGUAAGGAAUAACACCGUGACUUUCUGAUUCAAACCAAAUGCUCAUAAUGUACAUUAUAGCAGACUAAAAUAAUGGCGCAGCUUGAGCUUGUAUCCGGUCCUCAACAGUUACGUAGCAACAUCGAUAUUAAUUCCCAGUCUCCAUUAUUUUAGGUGUUUUAUUGUCUUAAAAGUAAGCACAAUAAAAACAAACAUGAUAAGAACUUGAAAGAAAAAUAUCAUUAGAAAAUAAUCAACUUCCUUUUUUCACGAUUGAAAAAGAUGAACACAAAAAUGUUAAUAAAAAACGACUUCAUAAAAAAGAAUAAUUGUGGAGCUCAUUGCUUAUUUUUACAACACACAUCAGUUAUUGUAUUUGAUUUUGUCAACUUUAACUGGUGAUAAAUGGACUCAGAGGCUGAAAAAAACAAACUGACUCAAUCAUGUGACGUGUGUUACAAGUUUUUUAUUCAUCAUUUUUUAAUAAAUACAAACUGUUAUGUCACUUUAAUGUUGUCUACAGCCUCAGAUCGCUGCACGAAGCCGUGUCUGUUCUACUGUGCAUUCAGCGCUGCAGUGUGUGAUACAGUAAAAAUUAGGAGAAGGAGGUGUGUGUGGGGUGGGAGAGUAAGUUCUAUGGCUUCCUUCUAUUCAAUCUGCGAACCUUUCUAUCACUCACCCAAAG